CAAUGAGCGGGAGAUGGGGCGGGGCCCGGGCGCGGAGGGUGAGGUUACUGUGAGAGGUCGCGGCGGCGGCGGCGGCUCCGGCUCCUCCAAGGGAAGAUGGCGGACGAUCGGAAGCGGGCGGACAACGCCAAGCACCGGCGAGGGGAGCAGCUCAAGCGCUGGCUGGGCUCCGAGACCGACCUGGAGCCGCCGGUCUUCAAGAAGAAGAAGACGCGGGUGAAGUUCGACGACGGCGCCGUGUUCCUGGCUGCCUGCUCGAGCGGCGACACCGAGGAGGUGAAGCGGCUGCUGGACCGCGGCGCUGACAUCAACUACGCCAAUGUGGACGGGCUGACGGCGCUGCACCAGGCCUGUAUUGAUGAGAACCUCGAAAUGGUAAAGUUUCUGGUGGAACACAGCGCAGACACUAAUCAACCAGACAAUGAGGGCUGGACCCCGCUGCAUGCUGUGGCAUCCUGUGGAUACAUAAAUAUAGCAGAGUAA